GCUCGCGAUAACGGCGCAGACACGACAGCCAAUGAGAGAUGAGGACCCUGCAUCGAUUGAUGAAUGGCAGGGAUGUUGAAGCAUGGCAUGCAGCAAGGAUACCUAAAUGGGGUAAGCGCGUCUGUGCUCGCUCUUGUAAACAAAAGUGGUUCAUUAUCUCGAUUCGCUCCUGCCCUCUCCUUGCACGACAAGGUACGUACCGCAACCUCACCACCACGGGCACGCAGUCAGCCUCCCAGCGAGACGGUUCUAUCCUCAACUUUGUCACCUUGUCUUUUUGUGGCCCGACUCGAACGACCUCUCGUAGAUUUGCAUGGCAUUUCUUUCGCUCUGCCUCUACGAAACCGCCCCCCCGGACGGCCGGACGGAAGAAUAGGCCUCACAAUUCACAUCUUACGAUUGCCAUCGUCUGCUUGGCUGCCCGCCCUCCUGGGCGUGAGGAUCACUGCCGAUGCGACCCCAAUCCAAAACUCACCGACAAUCCACAACGCCCAUAGCCGGUCCCGUCCCCUCGGAUAGCCUCACCUGAUUCUGUUAUCGAUGAAACCAACAUUGCCCUUGGAGCUUCCUGCUUGACAUAUCUCCGGUUGAUCAACCCCCCUGGCUUUUCAAAAGGACCCUCUGCCAUCGGGAAGAG